AUGAUCGAAUUCAUGAGCUCUAAGCGGAAGGCAGAAGUUCUGUUGGAGGACGCCACAGCAUCGAGCACAGUUUGUGUUCGGUGGGCAUUCAGUGGAGACGUUCUGUCCGUGGUCUCUCUUUGGCCAGGGGCUUCAGUUGCUGAGCUUCUGGAAUCCCUGCCUGUGGAGCAUCAUGAGGUGAAGCAGCUGCGAGUGAUUUUUCGAGGUCGAAGUUUGGAAGCCACAGAACUUCUAGCUACGUUAGGGACGGACGAUCCUGACAAGGAGGAUGCUUGCGUAUUUGUUGUGAGAAGGCCGCCGCGACUUGCGAUCUUAAGCUCGGGUAAAGACUCCGUCUUCUGGGAGCCUGAAGCGAACAGAAAAGCAAAGUCCUUUUCUGUUCGUGAGGAGGCCCAUUGUGUCACGUUUUCCGAGGAUGCCUCGCUUCUUCUUGCAGGCUAUUCCCAGGGUGUGGCACGGCUCUACAACGAGCAUGGGCUUUGCAAGACUUUCAGCGCUCGUUGCGGAAGUGUCCUUGCCGUAGCUUUCUCAUCAUGUGGCAGUUUCUGUAUCACCGGUAGUGAAAAUGGAACAGCCCGGGUCUGGAGCACCGAGAGCGGCGUGUGCCUGAGGACGCUCUGCCGUCACAGUGGCCCUGUUCAAGCAGCCUCGCUGUCUCCCGACCUGAAAACAGCGAUCACGGGAGGCUGCGAUGAACUUGCCAGGCUCUGGUGUGCCAAGACUGGUGCAUGCUUGCAAAUGCUUCGCGGACACAGCGGCGUCGUCACCUGCGCCUCCUUCGCUGGAGCUGAGCGCGUGGUGACCGCCUCCUUUGACCGCUCAGUGAAAGUUUGGUCUUGUGAAAGCGGCACCUGUGACAUGACGCUCUUGGGGCACAAUGCUCCAAUUCUUUCCAUGGCAGUUUGUUUUGGUGCAGACUGUAUUGUGACAGGCUGCUUUGAUGGCCUUUGCAAAGUUUGGGUGCUGGCCACAGGUUCAUGCUCGCUGACCCUUGAGGGGCAUGGCGAUGCGGUUCGAUCCGUGGCGAUUUGCCCCAGUGGGAAACAUGCACUGUCUGGCGAUGCGAGAGGUCGCUUACUUGAAGAUCGUUCACUCUGGGAAGCCUUCACCCUUUGCUGGAGGACAGACUACUACAGGCAUGACGGUGUGCGAAUUACGCAUGAUCCCUACGCCCCCGGCAUGGCAGAAAAGUAUGGCAUGCCUGGCAAGACGGACAACGAGGGGUUCGAUCCCUAUGCAGACACUGUCGGUCCAGGCAUCUACGGCGGUAUCGUCAAGCGGGAUGAAGCUGGCAGUGUUGUCAUUGGAAGGCAGUACCAGAAUCACAACCCGCGGCCUGGUCCAGUCUAUGCCGGCGGAGGCUACACACCGAUCAAUGAGGCACUUAGAAAAGGACCUCCUGUGCUUAAACCGCUGCUUGACAAGUAUCCGGAUUUGGCAAACGACAUCUCGACUGGAGGUGCGACGCCAUUGCACAUGUGCGGCAUGGGCCGGGACAAUCAGCAUGCCACGGAGUACCUGAUCAGGCGUGGUGCCAAGGCCGGACCAUCCCACGAGCGACAAAAAGAGCUUGAAAGAUGCUUGGGUUCUUGCCAGAUAGAAGCUCUGGACACCUACGGAAUGACGCCGCUGCACCGCAUGGCCUCCAACAACCUUCCAGUGGGGGCCAAGGCCCUGCUGGAGGCAGGAGCCGAUCCACAGAACACGGGCCAGGUGCGGGCCAGCCCAAUGGAGAUUGCGCAGGAUUCGCGGGCGAAGGAGGUCAUGUCGGUUUUGGCAGAGUAUCUUGGCAAACCACGUCCCGUCCCGUCACAGCUUCGCCGGAGCCCUUAG